GUUCCUCACUCUGCCGAGUCUCAAUCGCACCCUCGGCUUCGACAUCGGUUUAGAUGCCUCGACCUCCACAUUGUCCUCCUCCUCCUCCUGGAUGCCGGUGUCCACCUUCUCGAACGUCACCCUCGGUCCUGACGAAAGCGACGGCAGUCUGGAAGUGGAGUACAUGCCACUCCUCGAAGAGGGACUGGAAGAGGUUGUCACAGCUCUGCCGGAGGAUUCGGUCACGGUGCAGUACGUGGUCGAGGGAGAGCCGGUCUCGGUCACUCUCGGCAGCUCUCUCAAUGACCUCCUGACCUCCUCCGUGACCUCUGACCCCCUCGACCAGAACCCCAGCACUCACCCGCCUCUCCUUUUCACCUGCUACAACAAGAGCCACCACCUCAGCCUCGUCGGACACAACAGGACGUUCUUCAUUACCAGCAUCGUGAAGAGAGACCAGUUCAGCGGGACGCCGGUUGCGGCUCCUGCGGAAGGCUUGUACACCGGGAACUCGACAGUCAACGAGACAGAGGACCGCUGUUAUUGUUCGCUGUGGAGGGCCCCCGACCCAGCUAAAGGCGAGAUGCAGAUCUUCGGCAUGUACACUUCGGAGAUUUACUUCUACAUAAGGAUAGUGUCCGAGGCCCUCACACUCGUCAACUCACUCGGGUAUCUCAUCGGGGCGGCGAACGAGUGCAGGUUCCAGGGAAUGAAGAUGUUCGUCGAGAAUCUGAGCACCGUACCUUCGAGAGUUCUUUUCCUGCUGGCGUGCAUCCUGUCUCAAGUCAUGGCCGUUCUGAGGGCGCUUUGCAUGGAGGAAGCAGAGGAUUUGGUGGCUAUCAUCGUUAUGCUCUGUACAGGGCCCUAUUUUCUCUUCUUCUGUCGAGGCUUCAAGACAGUGGGUCCCAUGGUAACCAUGAUCUACACUAUGCUGGUUGGUGAUUUGCUCAGAUUCGUCACCAUCUAUUUCGUCUUCAUCAUGGGAUUCUCGCAAGCCUACUACAUCCUGUUCGCGUCGCACCGCAUCUCCGACAAGUCGGUGUGCUCGAGCAACCCGAUGCCGACGGCGGCCGAGUCCGUCAUGCAGAUGUUCAUCAUGUCCCUCGGCAACUUCGGCGACAUCUACCCGUCCCUGGAGUGCACGGACCACGAGGUCACGGGGAAGGUGCUGUUCAUGAUCUUCAUGGCCAUCGUGGCGCUUCUGCUGAUCAACCUCCUGAUCGCUAUGAUGGGCAACACGUACGAGCGGAUCGCCGAGAUGAAGAACGAGUGGAUGAGACAGUGGGCGCGCAUCGUGCUGGUAGUGGAGCGUGGCCUGAGCCCCGAGGACCGACUGAGGCAGCUCUUGAAGUACUCGCAGCCCAUGUCCGACGGCCGCCGCGCCCUCGUCCUCCGGCUCCACCAGGAUGACGAAGAGCGCGAGGAGAUGAAGGACAUCAUGGACAUGAAGCGCGUCCACCAGAAGUACGUCCUGCGCCGCAAGAACAGGAGGAACCCCUUCGACGACUCGGCAGACGUGCCGAUGGACGCCGCGUCGGAGGUCAAGAAGGCGUAGGAGGGAGGGUCCUGCGGCGCCUCCCGCUGGUUGUGAGGCGGACGCGGCGGGAGGCGGGCGGGAGGGGCUGGCGGUCGAUUUGCAAUUUUAUAGAGAUGUGCUUUGUGUAGGAAUAUUUAAGGAAAGCGCGUGUUGAUUUUACAAAGAUAUAGGUUGAUAUACAGACUUUUGUACACACACACACACACACACACAAAGACCGAGAAAAAGAUAAUAUAUCUGACACACAAGUUGGGAGCUCAUGCACUUUUUUAGACAGUAGUUUUACUUAGGAAAUAUAGAAAAUAUAGAUUCAGGGGAACAUUCUUUCAAAAUGCAAGAAGCAAAUAUAGUACAACGAAUUUCCAUUGCUAGAAUUAAUCAUUAUAUAUUAGAUUAUCCUCUAGAUGCCAUGUUUAAGGUAAUAUAUGUAUUACCAGUGUGUCUUGUUUUUCGAUAUAAACAUUAUCACUAUUGUCUAAGGAGUAUGAUUUUAAUUAUAAUCAUGAUUGUGUUUGUGAUGAUAAUGAUAACGUCUUGUUCUUGUUAAAAUUAUUCUGAAAACUGUUGUUAUUAUUAUGA